CACCUCACACCCACAAUUCCUUGUUUGUAUAUAUCAUGGCGGCAAAAGGCGAACAGGUUCUUGUCUUGGCUUGUCUUCUGACAAUUUUUCUAAACCAUUCCAUAUUUGUUUCCUGCCAGACUUCUCCACUUAGCAUCGAAACAACAACUAAUGAUGUUACAACAACUGGAGCCCAGACUACUGUCGAAGAAACGACAGUUACUACAGAAGCAGCCACGACACAGGCCCCAACAACUACCACCACACAGCUGCCUACAUUACCACCAACUGUAGUUGCAUCUGUCACAGAUAUCGCGCCUUGUCCAUGUGAUCUGACUGGGAAUGCUUGUGAUGUUAAUUGUUGCUGUGAUUUGGACUGUACAUCAGCUGAUAGAGAAGUAUUUUCUGGCUGUGUUGAAAGCUCAGGGAAUGUUGACGACAGAAUCUGUGUACAGAAAGAAAUUUUGCUGUUGGAGAAUGCACCUUUUCCAAAGAACUAUACACAAGAUGGAUUGUUUUGUAUAUAUUUCGAUAAUUAUGAUAAGAGGAAUUAUUACAACAUACCAAGUUUAAUCACAGACACAACAAUAUUUGAAAACUAUGUCAGUAAAUAUGCUGGAUAUAACUAUGCCACUCAACAAACUGGACAGUCAGCUAUUAAUAACUUUUACAAGGUCGGGGAUCCAGUGUACAUUGUUUAUCAAAGUCUUACCACUGGUUUUCUUGGACUUCCUAGCUCUCUUACAUCAACAGGUUGUUCCAAUAGUCCAUUAGCCUAUUUGAAAGAUGAGACAUCUUCCUGUGUAAGACAGUUUACCACAUUAGACCAGACUACCUGUGAAAGUACAACAUCAUUGAGUGCUCUGUCGUAUUAUACAGGAUUCAGGCUUGUUACAACUCCUUAUUUAUUUACGUAUAUUGUAAAUGGAACAGUUAUUACAACAACUACACAACCUACAACCGUGACAACCACCACCCCGUCACCACCAGUUUCAACCGAUAAUUCAACAUCAGCUGUGACAGUUCCUACAACCUCGACUACUGCUGCCACAACUACAACAGAUACUAACAUUACGACUGUAACUAUAGUAACCACAGAACUACCAACAACAGUGGCUCCAUCUCCAAUUGACCUGUACAAUAACACGUACACAAUAGAUAUAGGACUAUCUACAGUACAGUGUAGAGACAGCGCUGGUAACAACAUCACUUGUCCCUUCCCCACCGGGUCAGUACCAGCUCCAACAUACAAUACUGGUACAUCAACUUGUCAAAAUGUUGUUACACAGGUUAAAUAUGAAAUGACUUAUGAUGGGACUAAUGGUAUAUCAACAGCCGAUGUGAGAUUUGUACUACAAGAUAUUACUACUACUAAUCUACCACUCUUCCAGACCUUUACAUCAAAGUUUACAGGGGUAAAUGACGUUAAUGUUACAGAAAGAAGUGGUAACCCUGGUUACAUUGUUGGUAAACCAGUUCGAGCUGGUAUCCGGUAUAUCAACGAAUCAUUUGGUAACAGGAAUAUCAUUGUUGAGAACGGGUAUGACUUGUCGUUAGUUAAGUCGUCUGCUACAGGGACAUGUCUGACAGAUGCUGGUAACAGAGUACAAGUGAACUUUGGUCAGGAGAUGAGAUCUGGAUGUCUUAUAAGGUUUAACCUAGGUAUGACAACUAUGGCAGACUAUUGUACUGCUAUGCAGCAAAUUAUCAACGUUGCUUUAGAAGGAAGUGAUGAUUAUGUCAAUACAGAACCUAUUAAAAAUAGAUAUGUAGCUACAUUUGGGAACUCGGAACCAGAACAAACUGGAGACUGGGUUCCUAUUUUACAGUUUCCAGCAGGAACAACAGGAGCUUCACCAGUACAAAAUUUGGAUGGUCCAUCAUGUCAGUUAUCUAUGGGAAUGCACAUCCAGGUGGUGUAUUCAAGUCUUGGUUCUAAAGCUAAUCCUCAGGCAAAGAUACUGGGAGUGGCUUUCAUCUAUGAGAAACUACAAACAAUUACUUACACUUGCUCAGGAAGUAGCUGCCAGCCAGGGAAUGCCAAUGUAGAUCAGUCGUUUGAGAUCAGUCAGUCCGUCUCUUUUGUAGACGUGUCAGCCCCAGCCACUGGAGCUGUUGGUGAUGCCCCUAUAUUUAUUGCUAAAAUACCAAAUGAUUUCUUCUAUCCUUUUGGUACUGGUGCUGGAAGUUCCAUCAGACUUGCUGGACCAUACUUGUUUUGUAUAGCUUUACUUACAAUUAUUGCCAAUGCAGUGUUUGUGUAGCAUAAAUAGAGUUUAGUUUUUCUGUUUCCAUAUUGAUCUGUGAUAUCAUGAAUUUAACCAUUAUAGUGCAGGAUACUGUGGAUGCAUGUAUUUUUGUAGGUACAAAUUUUCGUUGAUUGAAGAAAACUUGCAUAUUCAUGGAUAUUUAAUUUCAUGGUUUUGGCAAAGUCAGAAUACAUUCCUUUAGAAAAUUUGUAAUUCGUUGAACAUUUAAAUUUGUGGUUCACCUGUACCCACGAAAUCCAUGAAAAUUAGCAUCCAAUGAAUGUUAAUGAAUCCACAGUAAUAAGAACUUUCAUAGAUCAUCAAUCAGAAAAUAUAGUGAUACAUACAUGUUGGUGCUUUUUCAGCAAAAGUUAAAGACAAAAUAUCUGUAUGAUUAUGAGAGGUUAUAUCUGUGUAUUAUAAGAAGGAGUCAACUCUGUGUAUAAUAUGGAAUUGUUGUCAAUGAAAACAUUAGAUUUAAGUAUACCUACAUAUGAGAUUCCAGUACUAGUAUGAAGAUACGAAAGCAUUUUUUAAGAGAUGUCCUAAAUUAUGUCCUGUGAAAUUGUUUUGUAACAAUCUUUGUAGACUUUGUAAUGACUAAUUUACCAAUAAAAAAUGAUUGUCAUAAAUGGACAGUUUUAAUUUAAAUACCAAUUAAUAAAAUUUGAAAUAUAUAAGCAUAAAUGUGUUAGAUGACAUUUUAAUGAUUUGACUGUUUGGUAUUCAGAUGUUCUGACAGUAAAUUGAUGUACCAACUGCUGUCACCUCUUCUUGGAUAAUUUUUGACAAUUUGUGAUACUAUAAAUUCAAAAUGAAAGCAUACAUGUAUAAUGGUGAAUCCCAGAAGACAUCUCCAAUGUCAGAUAAAUUAAUGUAAAUUAAUGGGAUUUAAAACUUAUACUAUGCCAGACUUAAUUUCAGAGAAAAAAAAUGUAUUAGAAUAUAUCAAAAGAGUUUAAAUGUACCAUUUUUAUUAUAUUCUACAGCAAGGUUUUGGAUACAUGACCAAUUUUUGUUAUUGCCUUGAUAAAACAAUUUUUCAGUUUCAGUGAAGACUAGUUUAAGUAUUGUAAAAUUUGAAAUAAAAAGAAUAUAAGGUUAAUAUAAGUGAGAAAAUAGAAUCUUGUAUUAAACAUAUAUUUGGUAUAAAUUGUUACCUUUAUUUUAUAUUUUUCGAUUUGAAUACUGUUUUUAUCACAGAUAUUUUUAAAAAAAAGCAGCAGAAAUGUAUAAUUUACAUAUAUGUAUGUGUAUUGAAUUAUAAUGUGAGUGAGUGCUAUGUGAAAAUGUUAUUAAUUGUACAUAUACAUUUAUAUUUAUUCUUUAUACAUGUAAUGCAGCAUUUU